AUGUUUAACUGUAUGAGACUAUUUCAUCGAACCUUGUCGUCGUUUUCCAGCUCUGCUCUUCAACCUCUCCUUCCGAUUCCUCAACUAUGCGCCAACGGUCGUCUUCAAGAAGCCUUGCUGGAGAUGGCGGUUUUAGGUCCCGAGAUGGGGUUCCAUGGUUACGACGCCUUGUUGAAGGCGUGCUUGGAGAAAAGGGCUCUUAGAGAAGGUCAGAGAGUCCACGCCCACAUGAUCAAAACCCAUUACCUCCCCGCGACCUACCUCCGAACUCGUCUGCUCUUUUUCUACGGUAAAUGCGAUCGCUUGGAAGACGCAAGGAAAGUGCUCGACGAAAUGCCUGAGAAGAAUGUCGUCUCAUGGACUGCUAUGAUCUCUCGUUACUCUCAAACUCGGAACUCUUCAGAGGCUCUUUGCGUUUUCGCGGAGAUGAUGAGAGCAGAUGGGAAGCCAAAUGAGUUCACUUUCGCCACUGUUCUCACCUCUUCUGGGUUAUCACUUGGUAAGCAAAUCCAUGGACUCGUAAUCAAGUGGAGUUACGAUUCUCACAUUUUCGUUGGAAGCUCUCUCCUUGACAUGUAUGCCAAAGCUGGUGAGAUCGAAGAAGCUCGCGAGGUUUUCGAAUGUUUACCUGAGAGAGAUGUUGUCUCGUGUACCGCUAUCAUCGCUGGCUAUGCGCAGUUAGGUCUUGACGAAGAAGCUUUACAAGUGUUCCAGAAGCUGCAGAGUGAAGGAAUGAGUCCGAAUUACGUCACUUACGCUAGCGUUCUAACGUCAUUAUCUGGACUUGCUUUGUUGGAUCACGGCAAGCAAGCUCAUUGCCAUGUUCUGAGACGUGAGCUUCCUUUUUCCGCUGUUCUUCAGAACUCUCUGAUCGAUAUGUAUGCGAAAUGUGGGAGUCUCUCUUACGCUCGUAGGGUUUUUGACAACAUGCCUGAGAGGACAGUGAUUUCUUGGAACGCCAUGCUUGUGGGAUAUAGUAAACAUGGUUUAGGGAAAGAAGUCCUUGAGCUCUUCAAGAUGAUGAGGGAUGGUGAGAAGAGAGCGAAGCCUGAUGGAGUUACUCUCUUGGCAGUUUUGUCUGGCUGCAGCCAUGGAAGAAUGGAAGACGCAGGGCUAAGUAUCUUUGAUGGAAUGGUAGCUGGAGGUUACGGGGUUAAGCCUGACAUUGAGCAUUAUGGUUGCAUCGUUGACAUGCUUGGCCGUGCUGGUAGGAUUGAGGAGGCUUUUGAGUUCGUCAAAGGAAUGCCAUUUGAGCCAACUGCUGGUGUUUUGGGCUCUCUUUUAGGAGCUUGCAGGGCUCAUUCGUCUGUAGAGAUUGGAGAGUAUGUAGGUCGUAGGCUGAUUGAGAUUGAACCAGAGAAUUCGGGUAACUACGUCAUUCUCUCCAACUUGUAUGCUGCUGCAGGAAGAUGGGAAGAUGUAAACAGUUUAAGAGGGUUGAUGAUGGAGAAAGCUGUUACGAAAGAACCAGGGAGAAGCUGGAUGCAACACGAGCAAACCUUGCAUUACUUCCACGCGAAUGACCGUACUCAUCCGAGAAGGGAAGAUGUGUUUGCUAAACUGAAAGAUAUGUUGAUAAGGAUGAAGCAAGCUGGUUAUGUUCCUGAUCUUAGCUGUGUGUUGUAUGAUGUGGAUGAAGAGCAGAAGGAGAAGAUGUUGCUUGGCCACAGUGAGAAACUUGCCUUGACUUUUGGGUUGAUUGCUACUGGCGAUGGGACUCCGAUUCGAGUUUUCAAGAAUCUACGUAUAUGCGUUGAUUGUCAUAACUUUGCCAAGAUCUUCUCGAAAGUUUUCGAAAGAGAAGUUUCAUUGAGAGACAAAAACCGGUUCCAUCAGAUUGUCGGAGGAAUAUGUUCCUGUGGAGAUUACUGGUGA